GGCUGGCAGCGACAGUCGGCGAGGAACGCUCGCGGUGUUCGUUUCGUGAAUUUCUUGUGGUUUGGCCAGAUUUGAACGUUGACAUUCGUACGUCGCGUCGACAGUCGCCGCGUCGCUCUUUUUCGCCCGUCGCGCUUAGCGUGGGCCUGUAUUUCUUCUUCUUUUAUUUCCCGUCUCUCACUCUCUCUCUCUCUCUCUCUCUCUGUACUUUCAACCUUUCCUUCCCUUUUAUUCACUCCCCCUCCACCCCGCCCGGGGCUUUUAUCCGACGGAGGUGUGUUUCUGUCGUUCCUCCUCACAGCUUUUCGUCGGCAAGUUCGCGUCGGUUUACGUUUUACUCGAUUCGCGGACGCGAAUCUUGUGUCGUUGCUGCCGAUUGUCGACAUCGAGUGAAUUCGGGUGCAAUCUCAACGGUCCGCACUCGUACGCAUCGACGAUUGUUGUCAGAAAGUGCGUGGCGGAUACGCGUCGGUGGUUUUUUUUUUUCUUUUAACUGUUAUUCGUGAAAAAAAAAAUUCAAUUUGUUGUAAACGUUUCUCGUUGUUAUCGCUAUCCUUGACGAUGCUAAUAACGCGCGCGGUGUUCGGAUUCAGUGUUUUGUUUUGACAUGUGUAAACAGCAGCGUCGCCAUAUUGGAUUACUAACGCAUCGUCCGGACAACGACAACGACGACGACGACGACGACGACGACGAGCACGAAAACGAUUCUUUUUCAAAGCAGCGAAGCGUUAUUCGACGAGGAGGGAUUCGUCUGUCAGACAGGAUUUUUCAUGCCUGAUGGCGCGUGCUGGAACACAGCGUUGGAGAAAUCCCACAUCGGAAGGUGACGAUGUUCAACGGUCGAUUGAACUGCUGGACAAGGUACUCUCAGAGUACGACGAGAACGAGGCCGAGGGCGACGGAGGCGCCGGGAGCGGUGGAGGGAAUUGUGGAAGCAGCACAGAACCGAGUAUCGGCCUCACACCAGACGACGAAAGCCCAUCUCUAGGGCAUCAGUCCGAGGACGACGGGUACAUGAGUAUGAAUGGAAGAAAGGCGAAAAUGGCACUUGUAGCACUGCGUCCGGUUCCGGACUGCCCUGAACCACAGGACAACGGGGAAUCGUUCGUUUCCGAAUUUCCUCCACCACCGGAGGAAGCUGAACGUCUCAUAUCGACUCUACUUCCGAUGGUUUCACCGAGUAACUCGGCAAAGAGGAACUCGCAGUCGUCUUCCCGGAAGAACGGAAGACAACAAUGGAUGGCUGCCAUGGAAGAUCACAAACGGCACGGACACGUUGCUACGACGCAAACUACUCUGCCAAAGACUCGUCACCAGCGGCCAUACGGAUGGGAAAACGGUAUCGCGGAGCCGUUUCGUCUUGCGGAACCGCCGAGUCCGCCGAGUAAAUUCGCCAGUCUUCCGUACGACGGAAAAGUGUCCUUCAACUGGAUACCACCGCGGACGAAUCCCGGGGCGAUAGAAAAGCACCGGGAAGUGAGGCGUCGAUCGUCGGAGGAGGUUCUGAACCAGCAGCUGACGAACAAUCGGCACAACAUCCACCACGGUAGUCAGGACAAGGACCGGGCGUCGAUGUUGCGGAAACAACGACAAAACGAGAUAGUGAAAUCCAGCAGCGUCGAGGACAGACUUCUGAUGAACCGGAACAGAUCGGAAAGCGAGGCGAGACGCAGGAACAACUCGGACUCGAGCGAGGGAAGAUUUUCGAGGAACUCGGAGUCCGAGAGAUCCUCGAUACCCAGAUCAAGCUCCGUGAGCGUAGAGAGGUUCUCGGUCAGGGCGAAUUGUGAUUCCUCAGAUUUUUCACGCGCCAAUUCGACGUCCAACGAACGGUUUCACUCCGACUUCUCUAUAGCCGUUGCCAGCGUAAGUUCGAACGAUCACGCGUCCGUACCUACGUCGGAUCCGUUUUCCAUUAGGAAUUUGGACUUCUCAUUCUCCCUGCCAAGGGCCGAAUCGGCCGGCGACGAGAGGUUCUCGGGACGGACAUCGGACCGAUGCUCGGAUCAGGAGAGAUACUCGGACAUGUUCUCAACAAGGAACUCUGACUUCUCGACAAGGAAUUCUACCGACUUUAGAACUCAGUCAGAGGAGGAACAUUUCUCCGACGAUUCGCUCGAGGAACUUUUACCACCGCCACCUCCGAUCGGUAAGAGACACUCCAUCGCGUGGGAGGUCUCACUCGAAGAUGAUCCUCUUUACGCUCCGGGGAGCACUAAGGUCGUUGGUAGAAGACGAAGAAAAAGCAGCGACGUCUCCAGCGUCGGAUCCGCUUCUAAAAUGCGUGAUUUUGACGACUGGCCUGACCCACCGCUGUCAGCGACUGAGGAUGAUUUGGUAUCACCGUAUUCCGACUCUUCGACAAACGAUCUCGAUCAAAUACGCCCGCAGGAUCUUACCAAAAAUGGUACUUACGUUAUUAGACGAGGUCGUAAAAAGGAACGAAAACUCUUGCCCAAAACACCGACAAAAACGAAGAGUCUGUCAUUUGAUAACUGCGAGGAGGCUCGGCUUCCUGACGCAAAAAGAUACUCCAGUACCUUCGACAACAUCAAGAGUCUCCUUAAGGAAGGAAGACUGGAAGGACUGGACGAACCGCCGCCGGAUUUCACACCACCGUUACCCCCGGAAUUAGUUAGGGUCGUCUCAUUGCCGGUGAUAAAUAACGAGUCGGGAAGUCGGGCACAAUUGGAAAUGACCGUAGAGGAGGAGGAGACGUCGUCCGAUAUAUCGGACAAGGAUAAAUCGGAGAUUAAGAAGAAAUCGUUGGGCGUCGGUAAUUUCGGUGGUGAAAUCAGACCCGUUCUGGUUACCCUGGACGCGUUGGAAACAGAUCAACGGUGCAACGGUCCGGCAUCCGCGAUAUCGAUGUCGAAAAGUAUGGACGCGAAAAUACCGGUGAAUCUACUUAUUGAGGAUCAGAUAGUGAAGAAGGCGCUGAACGAGAAUAGAAGACAGUUGGAAAAAGUUAGCGAUGCUAUAAAGGAAAUUGAAAAUGUUAGGAACAGCGAGUCGUAUGAAAAGAGGCGAAGAAACGCCGCCGCUUCUUCAGACACUAAAUCUAAUUCGAAGCGUAACAGCUACGAGAGUAGUAACGAUGAUAAGAAAGUCAUCGACAAUCCCUUCGAUAAUAGACCGAGGAAACAGAAUAGUUCCGAUUCCGAGACGUCGAAGACUAGCUCGUCGGAAGCUGCGGAGUUCGAUCGUCGAAAAACAAAUGGCAGCGAUGUUUACAGUGCCGGAAGACGGAUCAGGCAGAAUGGUAACGAUCAGAAACAAAUCGAGAACGUGAUAGACGCCAUACUCGAGGAUUCCAAGAAUCCUGAAUUUCAGGUCAGCGUCGAAGUUCUCGAAUUUCCGCCGCUUCCUCCGUCUCCGGUCGAGGAAGCCGACGAGGAGAGCUCCGACGUGGGUGUCGGUGUCGGCGUCUCGGUGACAACCAAGUCCAGCAAAACUCUCGGAAACGGUAGCAGCAGCAACAGCAGCAACAACAACAUCAACAAGGCCAAGAGCCACGGUACCAAAACGGUCGACUAUCGACCCAGAGUUCCUCCUCAUCGCGCCGCAAUCGAUGCUAAGGAUGGCCACGUCUCGUCCCUUAAUACCAGGUCAAUGGACGCCGGAUUCUCCAGAGGAAGACGCACUGCCGCCGGUAGCGGAUCGAGGAGAGAGGUUCCUGUGGAGCGGAGAACUCUGCCCACCGAUUUGCCGGGUCCGUCGAGGCGGAGACCCUUUGCAAAGUGGCAUUCACCGUCCGCGGAACCGUCUUGUCCUUCCCCGAGUGCCGGAACGACGGUUUCCGGUAUGCAGACGUCGUGCUCCCUCCCGGAAACUCCGGUUUUCGCCAGAGGCAGCGACAUUCCUCGGACUCCGCAGCACGCCGGAAACCCUGGGCAACAAACGCGUCGUCAGCCCGGAUGGUACGCCCCAACGACCGCGACUACUGGGUACAGGAGAAACAACGUUGGCCUCGAACAGGCCAUAAUCGGUACGGAGCUGCUGAGACUGGCCGGAGGACCGAACAGAGGUUGGUAUCCUACGAGGAAGGGAAAUCAGCCGCGACCCGCGUCCAUCGAGCAUCUCGAAAGGCUGAACAACCUCUACGACGCUCGUUUGCCGGGUGGUGGAGAACAGCAGAGGAAGCCUCUUACUCUGCCGACGAACAUUACGCCAAAUAAAUACUUCGGCCAAAGUAAGCACAGCUCUGCCUCCAGCACCCGCGAAGCUUUACGGAGGGUCACUAGCUUGCUCAUCAAGAAAGGAGGUAACAGCAAGGACAACAAGGUAGCCAAGGAUAUCUCACCGUCGGGACAUUAUCCUGGGGGCGAAAGUAGCGACGCGCCGAAAAAGAAAGGCUUUUUCAAAAGCUUCUGGAAACGUUCGAGGCAUUAUUCUCUUGAAAACCAAUAGCCCAGGUGCGGCCGGUUGACGAGCCGUCAAACCAAUAAUAAUCUUCAUCAUCACCAUCGCGGCAGUGGACACGUCGCCAAUACCUCGACUACUCUCUCGAAUCCGUGCUGUUGUAUCGUACAGUAAAGGGGAAAGAAUUUCUCUCUGGCAUAGAGGAGAAUUGCGGCGAGAAGAUUCGAAUGAAAAACGUUGCCCAAUUUAUUAUUUCCCGCGAUAAUUCCACGGUAUUUCUUAUUGUCAUAAUUACCGUUGUUGUUAUUAUUAUAACCAUCAUUAUUAUUGUUGUUGUCGUUGAAAUUGUGUCCCAUCUCGUCGCGGAAACACAAGUUUAGCGAAAUGUCACCCUUUCGUCAAAUUUCAACAACAAUUUUGUACCGUCACGCGGUAUUGGUAAGGGCUAUUGUUGUUUGUUUUAUUUCUUCUUAUUUUUAAAUUCUUGUCAGAGAGAAGAGCGCCGUGGUGGUAAUAGGAAUAAUUUAUCGUGCUUUUUCUAACGCGAAAGUAAUGUACCUGUUUUUGUCCCCGCGAAGAACGCGAUUGCGGAGAAAGGUUUUAUUUAGGUUUUUAUCGCGUCUGCGAAUGUAAGCCGGUUCCUCGACUUUACGUAUAAUAUACUUUGGCAAUCGUCUUUCAGCCUUUCAAAUUUCCUAGCUCCUCCGUUACUCGUAGGAAGUUUCUUGUAAACACCUACAUCGCAUUAUUCGGACAAAUGAGGGAGGCACUCGAUCGAUCUUAAACUGACGUGACUUGCAAGGUGUCUAUACAUCGGACCUUCUUCAAGAUACGGUGGAUACAAAUGUUGAGUUUCGUUUCUCUUCUAUUAUCUCGCCAUCGAUCCAUCUGUACUUAUCAUUAGAUCGGCUCAAAAUAUGCGAAAUUUACAAAUAUCGUAUUGCAUUCUUGUUGUUCCCUAAACGACGAACGGUGCAAGUGAACGGGAGUUUUUUUUAUACCUUUUUAUACCACGAACAAACGUCAAAUAUCUUACGAAUCGAUACGAUUUUUUAUAUUAUACAACACUGUUUCGAUAUUUUCGUCGUUUGUUUAUCCGCUUGACUUCGAUUUUACGUAAUAAUCCUACUGCUGGAUAUUAUUAAGGAUUUGAAAGAUUUAAUGAUUGUUAAAACUUCGAAAUCUAUCUUAUCAUUCGAAGCUUGAAGAAUAUGAAAGGAAAAGUUAGAAUUGCCAAAGGUUUUUAUGCCGAGCUAUCUUAUUCGGGGGGGGGGUGAAGGAAAGAUUUUUGUCUUUUGGGAUGACAUUUUGUUUUCAUUUACGUGAGUAUUAACGCUAUACCGAAUUAUAUAUUGUAUCUAUGGUAAUGUGAUGAAAUAGAAAAAAUUGAAAGUGUUCUAAACUGCAAAGUUAGUAAUCACCUUCUUACAUAAUUAUACUGACGCAAAUCGAAUUUAAUAUCGCAUUUGCAUAAAAUGUCGCGAGUGCGUUAUAAUGUUGUAUAUUAAAUCACGAUGUACUGCAGUUUUUUCUCCCCUUCUUUUUCGUGUAUACAAACCGAAAGAUUUAACAAGAUUGCGACAAUUUCUACAAAAAUGUCGCACGUAUUAAAGAUCGUUACCAUGCUAGAGAAGAAAAAAAGUUGGAUCAGGUAAUUGAUCGACCGAUUUUGACGAAUAAAUGAAUUCUCGUUUCUUUCUUUUUUUUUUUUUUCUCAAACUGUAAUAAAAUAAAGUAAACGAAUGAUCUAAAAAUUAUACGGUGUGAUGGAAAAAAGUAUUAAUACAAAUUUCAACUUAAUGUUUUCCGUUGUGUAAUACCUUUUUUCCUCAACACUCACCGUCUAAGUGAACCUAGUAAAAAGUUGGUGUAAAAUGAUUCUGAAUCACUCUAAGUUGCGGUGAAAUUUUCGCAAAGAAUCUAAUCCAAAUUUCUUCUAAGAUAUUUCUAUUCAUUUUCGUAUUUUUUUUUCUUUCUUUGUAAUUAAUAACUCGUACAAGUGAAUAUAUACUUGCGGUGUAUUAUAUAUAUAUUUGUAUAGGAUACGUUUAACGGAGAUAUAGACGCGUAUAAUAUGUGAAUGUAUAUAUAUAUGUAUAUAUAUAUAUAUACAUAUAUACAUACAUACAUAUAUAUAUAUAUAUAUUAUACGUAGAAUACGUGAAAUAUUUAAUAUAUAUAUACACGAAUAUGGACGAAUGAAGAGAGCGUUAUUAACGAUAAUAUAUAUCUAUAUUGAUAUUAUUAUGAUAUAUAAGUUGAUAGAAUCAUUAACAUGUUGUAAUAUUACUAAUGAACAAUAUGGUACAUUAUAUAAUAAAUUAUAAUACAAUAUUCA